AUUUUAAAAUAAGUCUUUGGAAACCUUGAUUUAACUCUUUCCUUUUUAUCCCAUAACGUCGCCACGUGGAAGCAACGGAUCCAGUUUGACAGCUCGCAAAUCUUUCAUAUUUUCUUCGCAAGUAAAAGCAAAGCCAAGAGGCCAUGAUGAUGAUGAUGAUGACACCAAGACAGGGUCGUCGUCCGUGUCUAGUAGCGUGGGUUCUGUAUUAUGUGCUUGGUUGGAGCUUGCCGCUGGUGACUGGUUGGUGUUUGCUUUCGGCACCCAAUCGUCCUGAUUCCAGCAACAGCAGAACAACCUGCAGCCAUCGGCCGUCGUUUCUUCGUCCCACAACAUGUCAUCGUGGUCUCUCUUUGACUCGGUUGUGGGAGCGCCAAAAAAGGCAACCAAGAAAGUUGGAUGACGAGGAUUACGCACCAUCGUUGUAUGAAGACGAAGCGGCUGAUUCGUAUUUGGACGAUUUCUACCAAGAUGACGACAAUGAUGUUGAUGGCUAUGACGGGUAUGAGGACGACCCCAACCAGUACUACCAACCACCGCGUGUGGAAUGGGAAGAACUCCAAGUUCCCCCCCGUAAUGGACGUUCCUCCAAAGUUUUCGUCUUGCUGCCCCCGUCUCCUCCGACGAUGCAUCCAUUGCCAUCGGCCAUUCUCCAUUUUGUGGGUGGCACGGGAUUUGGUUCUUCCCCAAAAGACUUUUAUCGACAAUGGUUGGAAGAUAUUGUGUUGCAUACACAGUGUGCCAUUGUCGUGACACCCCUGCCCGUUAUUACGCCACUCGACCGCGCAGCUGCACCGUUGGAUCACGUCGACAUGGCACGGAGUCUUCGCCAUCAAUUCCAAUAUGCGUUCCGACAUGUCUUGCAAGAUGAAUAUGAAGAGGAAUUGCUGGCAUCGGUACCCGUUGCUGGAUUGGGACAUUCCUUGGGAGCUCGAAUUUUGGUCGUACUGGCCACCAUGAUGAACAAUAACAACACAAAGCCAAGUCGUCGUGGUGGUGGUGAAGAUAGUCGUCGCAAGUUGCCCGAAUUGCGCUACAAGUCCAUGAUACUCGUGAGUUUCACCAACUUUGGAGCAUCGGCGGGUAUUCCAGGCAUUGGAUCAAUUGCCAAGGAACGACAACGGCUCAAUCGGAAAUUGCAGGAACAACAACAAAACGACGCGUCUAGGAGGAGAAGAUCCAAGAUCAACAGCUACUACAGGAUGAUGAUGACGAGGAUGACGACUAUGAUUAAUUAUGACAGAAACAGCCCACGCCGGAAUCGACGACGACGACGAGACAAUGACUACGACGACGAAGAUGAUAUUCCCGAAUGGGGCGAACUCUGGUCCGACUUCACAGAGGUGCUACAAGAAGGCGCCGAUCGGAUCAAGACCCAGGUGACGCCACAAGCGCACAAUCUCGAGUUUUCACCCACCCCGCGACAGUUGUGGAGGAGAUUGGGACAAGACGACAAUGAAUGCCACUAUCAUGUCCCGCAAACAUUGCUGGUACAAUUUGAUCAGGAUGACAUGGAUCAAUCCGCCAAACUGGCCACUUUGUUGAUGAAGAGUCCGAAAAACAAGAGCAGCCGCCCAAAAACUAGUAGUACAACCACCAAUGCUACAACAAUGGUCGACGAAACUGAAACUGAAACCACGGAUCUCAAGUUUGCCCGAUUGCGAGGCACUCACUUGACACCCGUGACGCCUCCUCAUACAAAGUCAUCAUCAUCCGAUCCAACACGGCGAGAGGGGUUGCUCAAGAAAUGGUCUUCCAAAUCCUUCUCGGCGGUCUGGGGGGCCGUCCAGGGGAAUAUUGUGGGUGGAAACGAUAAUGGCGGAAACUUGAGCCAGGCAGAAGCUCUCUUGUUGCUGCGGCAAUCCAUUACACGGUACAUUACAGAUGUUGUCACCAAGUAA